UAUGUUAGAGCGAAUCUCGCUCUUCUCCUCCCCCGCCUAUCCAGCAGCUGAGACUGACCAAGCCAGAGCUUGCCCUCGCUGGCAACAGCGCGGGGGAAGCGGACGGGUGGCGCGCGCCCGCCCGACAGGCAGGCAGGCAGGCAGGCAGGCAAAGAACGAGGCGUCCGCUCGCUCGCAUUGUCCCCCCUCCCCGCUGCUUUUCCCAUCUUGAGCAGGCGAGAGCGAGAGCGCCGUCAGUCAGUCAGUUAUUUGGGUUGGAGAGCCGGGUCGGACGGAGUGGCCAAUGGGGUUUACUGCCUGGAAACAGCCCGGCUUCGCUGUUGGGGUGUGAAAGAAGGUAAGGGAGCCGCCUCCGCCUGGGCUGUGUACGUUCUCGUGAGAAAGUGGAAUGUGAGGCGAGGGAGGCUGAAGGAUUGUGUGGGACCCGAGCCCGUUUCCUUAGUUCCGCGGAGGUCGAAGUAGUGGGAAAGCGGCUCUUCUGAGGGGCAGGUACAUGGAUUCUUGAUCAGAAGUUAUAAAAUGAAGACCAGAAAUGAGUCCUAUUGAACUAUAUUCUGGAAUGGCAACUUGAAAGAACUUUAGGUAGACACACAAACACAUGCAUGUACACUGUGGCUCUCUUACCUCAUUUUAUUAAUACUGGUGACGUUAGACCAUCAGCACUGGUCUUGAAGAUAAGAUUUGGCAUUCCCUUCUUAUUGUUUGGGUAUGAGUGAUCAGAUAUCACAGGAAGAAAAACGCAAAACCAGCAGAACUUCCUUAAAGUUAAAGGAAUCAGCAAGAAUUAUGCAGUCUGAUGACUAUUUUGCCAGAAAAUUUAAGGCUCUGAAUGGUAAUAUGGGUCCCCCUGCAUCUCUAAGUGCAACCAACAAAGGUGAAAGUAGUAACCCAGCCAAUGGUACACCAGCUAUGCCUAAAAUGGGUGUCCGAGCCAGAGUAUCUGAAUGGCCACCUAAGAAAGAUUGUGCUAAGGAACUAAGCAAAGCUACAUGGGAAAGUAGACCACAGACCAGUUAUGAGAGUGUUGGAUCAGUAAAUGGUGACCAGAAUGAUGGGCAGCAAAAAGAACAUAUUGAUUUAGAAUUUGCAGAGGCAAAGUAUGCAUUGGGAGACAUUUUUAUCCAUUCUCCACACAGGGGGCUUCACCCUAUAAGGCAAAGAAGCAACAGUGAUGUUACAAUCAGUGACAUUGAUACUGAGGAUGUACUAGACCAAAAUGCUGUUAACCCAAAUACAGGAGCAUCUCUUCAUAGGGAAUAUGGAAGCACUUCAUCAAUUGACAGACAAGGUUUGUCUGGUGAGAAUUUUUUUGCAAUGCUUCGAGGCUACAGAGUGGAAAACUUUGAGCAUAAAACACAUGCACCAUUUGGAUUUUCAGAGUUUUUUCACUGCGACACCACUAUUUCUCCAAGUCUGCAUGCGGCAACACAGAUUUCCAGAGGAGAAUUUGUCAGAAUUUCUGGAAUUGAUUACAUGGAUAGUGCCCUGCUAAUUGGCAGAGACCGGGAUAGAUCUUUCAAAUGGAGAUUGAAGUCAGAAUCUGUGGAAACAUCACUCUUUAGAAAACUGCGAACUGCUAAAAGUGAACAUGAAACUCUUAAAUUCUCAUCUGAACUAGAAGACAGUAGACUUGAGAAGAAUUUUCAUCCUUGGAAUUGUCAGAAGUGUUUUGCACAUUAUGAUGUUCAGAGCAUUCUGUUUAACAUAAAUGAAGCAAUGGCUACCAGAAUUAAUGUGGGGAAAAGAAAAAAUAUAACCACUGGGGCUUCUGCUGCGUCACAAACGCCAACAGUAGCUGGACAGACUGGAAACUGUGAAUCUCCUUUGGGAAGUAAAGAGGAUCUCAAUUCAAAAGAGAACCUAGAUGCUGAUGAAGGUGAUGGGAAAAGUAAUGACCUGGUACUUAAUUGUCCUUAUUUCAGGAAUGAAACUGGUGGGGAAGGUGACAGGCGGAUUGCACUCUCUAGGGCAAACUCAGCAUCUUUUUGCUCAGGAGAUAGUUGCUCUUUUGAGUCUUCACUAAGUUCACAUUGCACAAAUGCAGGUGUUUCUGUACUGGAAGUACCCAGGGAGAAUCAACCAAUCCACAGGGAGAAAGUAAAACGUUACAUCAUUGAGCACAUUGAUCUUGGCGCAUAUUACUAUAGAAAGUUCUUCUAUGGAAAAGAGCAUCAAAACUACUUUGGUGUAGAUGAAAAUUUAGGGCCAGUAGCAGUCAGCAUCCGAAGGGAAAAGUUUGAAGAUGCAAAAGAGAAGGAAGGUUCACAGUUCAACUACCGUGUAGUGUUCAGAACAAGUGAGCUUACCACACUGAGGGGAGCCAUUUUAGAAGAUGCCAUUCCAUCUACUGCUAGACAUGGGACAGCACGAGGCUUACCUCUUAAGGAAGUAUUAGAAUAUGUAAUUCCAGAACUGAGCAUUCAGUGCCUGAGGCAAGCUUCCAACUCACCCAAAGUUUCUGAACAGCUGCUUAAACUGGAUGAACAAGGGCUGAGUUUUCAGCACAAGAUUGGGAUCCUAUAUUGCAAAGCAGACCAAAGCACUGAAGAAGAGAUGUAUAACAAUGAGAUGGCAGGACCUGCUUUUGAAGAAUUCCUUGAUCUCCUAGGUCAGAGAGUACGGCUGAAAGGCUUCAGUAAAUACCGAGCUCAAUUAGACAAUAAAACUGAUUCCACUGGAACUCACUCCCUUUAUACUACCUACAAAGAUUAUGAAAUAAUGUUUCAUGUGUCAACUAUGCUUCCAUAUAUGCCCAGUAAUAGGCAACAGCUUUUAAGGAAAAGGCACAUAGGAAAUGACAUUGUUACCAUUGUCUUCCAAGAGCCUGGAGCACUUCCUUUUACUCCAAAAAAUAUCCGUUCUCAUUUUCAGCAUGUCUUUGUCAUUGUUAAAGUCCACAACCCUUGCACUGAAAAUGUGUGCUAUAGUGUUGGAGUUUCAAGAUCAAAAGAUGUACCACCUUUUGGGCCACCAAUACCAAAAGGAGUGACUUUCCCUAAAUCAGCAGUUUUCCGGGACUUCCUUUUGGCCAAAGUUAUUAAUGCAGAGAAUGCAGCACACAAGUCAGAAAAAUUUCGAGCCAUGGCCACCAGAACACGCCAAGAGUACUUGAAAGAUCUAGCAGAAAACUUUGUUACUACCACUACAGUAGACACUUCAGUCAAGUUUAGUUUUAUUACACUGGGGGCAAAGAAGAAAGAGAGAGUUAAACCAAGAAAGGAUGCCCACUUAUUCAGUGUUGGAGCAGUGAUAUGGAAUGUGAUAGCACGAGACUUUGGUCAGUCUCUUGACAUUGAAUGUCUUCUUGGUAUCUCAAAUGAAUUUAUCGUAUUGAUCGAAAAGGAAUCAAAAAAUGUUGUGUUCAACUGUUCCUGCAGAGAUGUUAUUGGAUGGACAUCUGGAUUAAUGAGUGUUAAAGUUUUUUAUGAAAGAGGAGAAUGUGUUCUUCUUUCAGCACUUGAUAACUGUGCUGAUGACAUCAGAGAAAUGGUUCAAAGACUUGAAAUAGUGACUAGAGGCUGUGAAACAACAGAAAUGACCCUAAGGAGAAAUGGCUUGGGACAGCUUGGAUUCCAUGUUAACUUUGAAGGGAUUGUUGCAGAUGUGGAGCCAUUUGGUUUUGCCUGGAAAGCUGGCCUACGUCAAGGCAGUCGCCUAGUGGAGAUUUGUAAAGUAGCUGUAGCAACCCUGACGCAUGAACAAAUGAUUGACCUGCUACGCACUUCUGUAACUGUAAAGGUGGUGAUUAUCCAGCCACAUGACGAUGGAUCACCUAGAAGGGGCUGUUCAGAACUGUGUCGAAUUCCCAUGGUGGAGUACAAACUUGACAGCGAAGGCACCCCAUGUGAGUAUAAAACCCCUUUUAGGAGGAAUACUACUUGGCAUCGGGUGCCGGCUCCUGCUGGGCAGCCUCUCUCUCGUGCCUCUCCAAUCCUAGGAACAUCGGAUAGAUUGCAGUGCCAGCAGCUUCUCCAGCAGGCGCAAACAGCCAUUCCCCGCAGUACGUCAUUUGACAGAAAGCUGCCAGAUGGUGCAAGUCACUAUUUCAGAAGUUCACCAAGCAACCAAUCAUCAUCCAGUGACCCAGGACCAAGUGGGAGUAGUCAGUGGAGACACCAAGUGGGAUAUGAUGGGUGCCAGUCUCCUUUACUUCAUGAUCACCAAGGUUCAGGUCCAAUGGAGAGUGAAGGAGGGAGAGAUCAUGAAGAAUCUUUGGAAGGGGCCAGACAUACCAAUGAAACCAAGUGGCAUGCACCAUCAACCAAAGUCUUGAGUUCCUAUAAAGACCGCGCGUUACAGAAAGAGAACAGUGGCAAGGAUUCACCAAACAAAUUUUCUCAUAUUGGAGACAAAAACUGUUCCAGCCAUUCCAGCAGUAACACCCUGUCAAGUAACACAUCCAGUAACAGUGAUGAUAAGCACUUUGGCUCUGAAGACCUGAUGGACACUGACUUGCUCGGAUUAACUUAUAUUAAAGGGGCUUCUACUGACAGUGGGAUUGAUACUGCUCCUUGUAUGCCUGCCCCAAUUUUGGCUCCUUUGCACCUGGCUGGAACCCGGUCAGGAAUGCAUAGCCGGACUGAUCAGUGGGCUGAAUCUUCUGAAACUGCUGGACCAGAUGAUGAGAUUAAAAUGUAUGCUGUUCACAGCUAUGCCUCUGCCAUUUCUAGUAGUCAUACAGGUGAUGGUAGCAUGGGCGACCUCAGUGAAAUAUCUUCACAUUCCAGUGGAUCACAUCAUUCAGGAAGUCCUUCAGCACAUGGUCCUAAAAGCAGUGGAUCAUUAGAUACCUCCAAAGUGUAUAUAGUUUCACAAAAUUGCAGUCAACACAUCUCUGGAUCCGUAGCAAAAUGCUACCCUCGACAAGGAGCAAUAAGCAAAUAUAUCAUUGGCUGGAAAAAGUCAGAAGGUAGCCCUACACCUGAGGAAUCUGAAGCUCCUGAGUGCCAAGAAAUGUAUAAUGCUGUUGAUGGCCUAUCUUCAAGUCGGCUUCAGGGUUCUGUAACGGCUACAGUUUCUGAAAGCCAGCGAGUCUUAUCAAAAGAAGCGUUUCUGAAGUUGAUGAUACCAGACAACAUCUCUGUGGAGGAAGGGAGAAGAAAGUUUUCAUUUUACGGGAAUCUGUCUCCAAGGAGGACACUCUAUCGCACUCUUUCUGAUGAGAGCAUAUGUAGCAUUCGGAGAGGAUCUUCAUAUGCUAGCUCGCGGAGCUCAAUGCUAGAUCAAGCUUUGCCAAAUGAUAUUUUGUUCAGCACUACACCACCAUAUCACAGCACCUUGCCUCCUAGAACAAGCUUAACCACUGGUACUGGACACCUACGACAUGAGUUUUGGUUCUCAGAUGGGUCUUUAUCUGACAAAUCAAGAUUCAAUGAUCCUGGUUUGAUGCCUCUUCCAGAUACAGCAACAGGAUUAGACUGGUCUAACCUGGUAGAUGCUGCACAAGCAUUUGAAGAUUUUGACUCUGAUGAAGAACUUGGGCCAGUCUGUCAUCACACUCCGUUUCUAGAUCAAAGGGUUGCAUCUUUUUGUACCCUGAAUGAUAUGCAGCAUGUGCAAAGCUUGGAGAGUAAUCAAGCCUUGGGUGCAAGUCCAACAAAUGAAAAAGACUUCAUUGAUACUACUGGGGAGGAUAGCCCUACAACCUUGACUGGAAAAGUAAACCAGCUGGAAGUGAUUCUCCGACAUUUGCAAACUGACCUUCGGAAGGAAAAACAAGACAAAGCUGUUCUCCAAGCUGAGGUCCAACAUUUGAGACAAGAUAAUAUGAGACUUCAGGAAGAAUCUCAAACAGCAGCUGCUCAGCUAAGAAAAUUUACAGAAUGGUUUUUCAAUACAAUAGACAAGAAGUCCUAAUAUCUGAGUCCCGGAAAAAGCACUGUUGAAGCCACAUAACACCAGUAAUUUUGAAGUAGCCUAAUAUAAUUUCACUGUGUUCACAAUCCAUUUUACAUUUUCUGCUGUAAUCUCUGCCCAGCCUCAGGCUAUUGACUAUAAGAAAUUAUCUUCAUAUUCAUCUGAAGAAAACAGAAUGAAUAGCAGGCGUUUGUUUUUGUGAAGAUGAAUGUACAAUUUCUGGUGUCAUUUGAGACAUUUUUAGAGUACAGUAUAAGUCUGAUUUGGGAUUGCCUGGAGAAGAAUAAUUUGGGGUUUAACUUCAGUAUUUCAGGUGCUCCAGUGAAGAUGCUUAAAGCAAUUUAUGGUAGCUUCGGUUUCAGUAUUGUAAGAUAAAAUAAACCUAGACAUAUAGUUUCAUGUUUAAAGGUGCUCUAUUUUUUGUAUGUACAGUAGAUAUUUCCACAGUCACAUUGUCAUAGCAAUAAGAAUGGAAGUAGAAUUGAAUAGUCUCAAAACUGUUUAUAAAAAUUAGCACUGAGGUGUUUAACACAAGCUUGGAUGCAGAUAUAUUAGGGAUUAUUUAUUUGCAGAAAAUGCGGUGCCUGAAUUUAAACAGUGUUUUGAUUUUUUUUCUAAAGAUACACAUGCCUUGUACAUGGCUCACUUGAAUCAGUUCGCUCCAAUGUCAGUUACUUUUGUAUAGUUCAUAUUCAGCUAAGAUCAUUAUAGAGAGACUAACUAUUGAAAUCAUAUGUGGUGCGAGCCAGCCUAUCAUUUGUAUACUGCCAGAUUUGUUUAUCUUUGUACAGAAGCUUUGAGUGAGUGACAUAUUUAACACUUUUAUUUAAGCUUAUUUAACCUGUUAAUUUUAUAAAGCUUUUGUUUUAUCUGCACUAUGGUGAGGCCAGUGGGUUGCAAGCUAGAAUGUGUGUUUAGCUUGCCAAAAUGCAGAGUUUUAGGAAAUUUUAACUAUUGGAUGCUGCUAGUACACAAUUUGUGUUUGUAUACUUUAACAUUUUUAACUGUUUCAUUUGAAAUGAACAUACAUU